AUGCUUAUAUCUAGUGGGGAAGAAGAAAGCAUUUGUGAUGAUCUGUUUCCAUCACUUGAGGUCUGCAAUGAACAUGGAUUUGACAAACUAUGCCCGGACCCAACUGGCUGGAUAGACCUCGAACAAUGUGUUGGAUCAGGAGGAUUUGGAGUAAUCCAUAAGGCAUGGCAUUUUAAGGAAAAGAAAGAAGUGGCCAUAAAAGUGAUAAAAGACCUUAGGGAUAAUGAAGAGAUCCUUGCUGAACUGUACGUACUUGAACGCGUUUCUGGCCACGACAACUUCCCUGCCUUUUAUGGAGCCUUUUAUCUACGGCCCAGCAUUUCAAAUGAAGAGGCGCUAUGGAUUGCUAUGACAAUGUGUGCUGGUGGCUCCGUAGAUGCCUUAAUUAGGAGCACGCCCAAUAGAUCCUUGGAUGAGACCUGGAUUUCAUACAUAUGCAAGAAAGUUUUACAGGGCCUGGAUUACUUACAGGAACUGAACGUGAUACAUCAUGAUCUCAAGGGCGCCAAUAUAAUGUUAACUUCUACGGCCCGUGUGAAGAUAAUUGAUUUUGGCCUUGCCACAAUAGGGCCCAUCAGUACAAGUAAUGCAGGAACCCGCUGUUGGAUGGCACCUGAAGUCCAUGCAUGUUUUACAAGAAGUGUACAUUAUAACUACAAGGUGGAUGUGUGGUCUUUAGGAAUCACAGCCAUAGAAAUGGCAGAAUACAAUCCUCCACACAUUAAACUCCGUGGUGCUGAGCUUUCCGAAAGGAUUAUGAAUGGUCCAGCUCCAGCUCUAAAAGAGGAUAUAUGGAGUAAUAAAUUCCAGAGAUUUCUUUAUAAAUGCCUUCAGAAGGAUCCAGCCAAAAGACCAUUCGCAAAGGAACUCCUAUUAAACCGAUUCAUCACAUAUAAUCGAGAUGAAGACGAGGUGCAAUAUAGCAUAGCGGAGCAUAUACAUAAAGGAGCAAAGAAAUAAGACAUUGAAGUUAAAGAUUCUCUCGCAAAACCUCAUUAAGAAGACUUUGUCAAGACUUAGGAAGGAAAUGGAAGAAUAAUAUAUAAAUCCCAAAAUGGAUUCUACCCUUGCAAGAUCUGAAAUGUGGCUCCUUCAUUAUGUUCCCAAAAGGGAAAGGAGGGAAAGGGUUGGGAACACAAUGUAGGAGCCACAGUCCAUCUACUUUGGAUACUUUACCAAAUGUUUAUUUUUAUAUAAUCUAUUUAAAUGUAUACUUAUUUUUAUAUAUUAAUAAAAAUAAUAAAAAACAAGCUGAUGUUUGACGUUUGAAUAAUUAAUAUAUAGUGUAAGAAAAUGGGCUGUUGAAGAGUUGCAUUAACUGUAAAGGAGAGGGAAAUGUUUUAGAAAAUAUCAACUGGGAAAAAAUCAAUUAGGAGAAUAUUAUUGUGGAUGAUAUGGA